GUCAGAGAGAGCUCAACAGAGCGGCUGUAGCGAUGGCGGAGGGAGAGGAGGAGGUGAACUACGCUUCGGUUGUUUUCAAAGCCGGCAACAAUCCUCCACCUGCGGCAAAAAGAGGGGAGGAAACUGUGUACGGUGAGGUGAAGGCGCAGAACGAAACAAAGAACGAGGACUCAGCAGGACGUCGGCGCUUUCAGCACUUGGCUUGUUGUUUGGGGAUUCUCUGUGUCAUUCUGCUGGGUGGCAUCAUCGGAGUCUGCGUCUACCGAGUCCAGGAGCUGAACUCACGAAACCAGGAGCUGGAGAAAAAUAAUAACAUCCUAACAGAGAAAAUACAAGACAUGACAACAAACAGGAAUGAGCUCAACAUCAGUCGAGCUCAGUGGAGCAUCGAUUCCUACUGCAGACAACCUGACAAUAAAAAGUGUCAACCUUGUCAGAAGGGUUGGACACUCACUGAGCCCAGCUGCUAUGCGUAUAAUGACGCUCAGCCUCCUAAACAAAAAACCUGGGAAGAAGCUCGAGGAGACUGCAGAGGAAAGAAUUCAGAUCUGGCUGUUGCACAUGAUUCAGAUGAAAAGGAAGCAAUCAAUACUAACAGCUUUGGAUCUAAUGGAUUCUGGAUUGGUCUGAGAGUUAAAGAUGGGAAAUGGAAGUGGGUGGAUGGAAGUGAUCUGACUGAGAGCUCCUGGAUAGUUCCUCCUGCUGACGGUCGCUGUGCAUUGUUUUACACGGGCAGAAACACAUGGUCAUCAGUGAGCUGUGGUGCAACACAUCAAUGGAUCUGCCAGCAGAAGGCUCUCUCUGUUUAAACAAAGCAGUCAUACUAAGAAGGUUACUGGAAACUCUUUGAGAAACAGAUGAAUUAC